AUGCGCGCCCUCGCCCUCGCGCUCGCGCUCCUGGCGGCCCAGUGCCGGCCAGCGGCCUGCCGCGGCGCCGGCGGCAAGAUCAGCCUCGCCUCCGUGCGCCAGCGGCUCGCGCCGUCCGAGGCCCCGCCGGGGGCGCCGCCCACGCAGCCGCAGCGCAGCUGGCACCACCAGCUGCAGCGGACACCACAGCAGGAGGACGGGCGGUGCGGCAGCAGGCGCAGGAGCAGCAGCGGCAGCAGCUGCGGCGGCGGCGGGAGCUGCACGAGCAGCAGGAGCUGCAGCGGCGGACGCACCCGCAGGAGCCGCAGCGGCCGGCGCAGCGGCCGCGCGCCGCGCCCGCCGCCCCUCCCCAGAAGAACAGCACCGGCGCCUCCAGGCCAGUGGCUGUGGCGCCCGCGACUCCCUGGCCCGCAUUGCCGCGCGGGAGACCAACGUCACGCAGACCGUGAGCUGGGAUGGGCAGAACUGCGCGCACUACACGCGCACGUGCCGGCCGGGCGAGCCGUGCGUCACGAAGAGGACU